AUGAUUGGUUUGACCAGUCGUCUAUUCUGUUACCGGCGUCUAUUUGGGGUCCUGCGAGUACCUUGUGCGGUAGAAUUAGGAUUCUUUGUCAGCACUGCUGUGGAAGAUGUAGGAUUCCCAAACUGUGGUGGUGUGAAAGUUGCACGAUUCCCAGAUGGCGGUGCUGUGGAAGUUGUAGGAUGCCCAGAUUAUACUGGUGAUUCACCGAAGUUUGUCGGUUCAAUUCCUGAGCUGGUAUUCACCAAUCUUGCAAAGCUUGAAUAUCUUACUCUUUCCAGUAAUUCAUUUCAAGGGUUAUUGUCAUCAAAUAUUUCAAAGCUUUUGAAGCUCAAAGAUCUUGGUCUGGGUAACAACCAGUUUGUCGGUUCAAUUCCUGAGGAGAUUGGACUACUUUCAGAUCUUCAAUUUAUUUCCCUGGCUAACAAUUCAUUCCAAGGAAAGAUUCCUUCUUCCAUAGGUCCAAUUCCUCCAACAAUUUGGAAUCUCACAAACCUCGAAUCCUUGAACCUCUUUGACAACUAUCUGAAUGGAACAAUUACACCUCAAAUUGGGAAUUUGAAACUACUGACUGCUUUUGAUCUGAGCAAAAACCAAUUAAAUGGUGAAAUACCACCUACCAUUUGCAACUUGAGUUCCCUUGUGGUUCUUAAUCUAUCUAAUAACAGCUUCAUCAAUACGAUUCCACAAUGUCUGGGAAACUUUAGCCAUGAACUCUCUGUGCUAGAUCUGCGGAUGAAUCGCUUUCGUGGGACUGUUCCUGCAAAUUUCUCAAAAUUUGGAGGUGCAAUAGAUACUUCCACCUGUAAACUGCCCUUUCCUAAGUUGCGAAUAAUCGACCUCUCUCACAAUGAGUUCACCGGCCCCUUGCCUGCAGAAUAUUUCAAGAAUUUCAAAGCUGUGAUGAAUGUUGAUGAACAUAAAGUGGGUCGUGAAUGCAUGGGGGAGAAGAACAAUUAUUAUCGAGAUUCAGUGAAGGUGGUGGUGAAAGGGCUAGAGCUUGAACGUACGAGAAUCCUAACCAUCUUCACAACUAUUGAUUUAUCAGGAAACAAUUUUCAAGGGGAGAUUCCUGACUUCAUUGGAAUGCUUCAUCGCUUCGGUUGCUCAACUUAUCUCACAACAGUCUUGCAGGACAGAUUCCAUCUUCUCUAA